AUGGAGUCGAUUUCGCGGAUAAGCUCGAUGCUGGAAACAGCACGCGAUCUCACACUUGAAGCCGCUCGAGAUGCCGGUCCUCGCAAGUCGACUCGCCCACUACCGGCACCGCAGAUCAAAAAAUUGCUUGACAGCCGCAACGAACGAGAUGUCCUUGACGGGCUGCGGCGGGUCAUCGCCAUGCAAUAUGCCAAUCCGCCUCAACCCACCUUGACCUUCUUCGCUACUGUGCUCAAAACAUUAUCGAAUCCCUUCCCGUCGACGAGGCCGCUGGUAUACAAUUAUCUCAUCCAUCAUGCAGAAGCAGAUCCAGAUACCGCACUUCUGUCAAUUAACACGAUCCAGAAGAGCUUGUCCGAUAGUAACCCGAGAGUCAGGGCGAUGGCAUUGAAGACAAUGGCUGGCAUCAAGGUCCCUGUUAUCUCGCAGAUCGUGAGCUUGGCUAUCAAGAAAGGUGUGAGCGAUUUGUCGCCAAUCGUACGGAAAGCGGCUGCGCUAGCAUGCGUGAAGUGCGUACGUCUGGAUCCUACCACGAAGCCCCAGGUUGAAGAGUACCUUGCCACGCUUUUGGCGGACAAGCAGUACUAUGUCGCUGGUGCAGCCGUUCAGGCCUUUAUGGAGAUAUGUCCGGAGCGACUAGAUCUGAUACACUCAGCUUACAGACGCCUGUGUCAGAUGGUCGUGGACAUGGAUGAGUGGGGUCAGCUUGCAUUGAUACGCCUCAUGACGGUCUAUGCAAGACGUUGCUUUCCGCAACGGAGCAAGCGUGUUAAGAAGAUUCAGACGCAGGAACAGAAGACCAAAGACUUCUAUGAGGACAUCGAAGCCAAGGAUGAGGAUGACGAGGCCAUCUUCGAGGAUGUGUACGUCGACGACCCAGAUUUGGAUCUAUUACUGAGGUCAAUCCAAUCACUAUUACAGUCACGUAACGCAGCGGUCAUUGUCGCUGUAGCUCGGACCUACCUCUAUCUGUCCCCAACGAACUAUCUCCACCAUGCAAUAGGGCCGCUGGUUGCGCUUCUACGGUCGCCGCAGGACGUACAGCAGGUGGCGCUGUACAACGUCGUACAAGUCUGUCUACACGAUCCGAUACUGUUCGUACCCUACUUACGACACUUUCUCCUCCACCCUAGCGAGUCACCAGACGUGUGGCGACUAAAGCUCGAAGCGCUGACACUCAUCUUCCCGCAUUGCGGAAGUGACGAGCAAGAACUUGUCCUUGCAGAACUCGAGCACUUUUCGCGCGCUCAUGAUACAGCCUUGGUGCGUGAGAGCGUACGCGCCAUCGGAAGAUGCGCUCAGUCUCCGAAUGCAACGACCUCGCGGAGAUGCUUAAGUCUGCUACUCAAGCAGAUACACAGUCCGGACCAGAAUCUCGUCGGCGAGGCCAUAGAGGUGGUACGGCAUCUCAUUCAGCGCUCCCCAGAUGACCACCGGAGAACGGUCAUUCGGCUUGCGAAGAACCUCGAUACGCUCACGUCACCCAUGGCACGAGCCAGCAUCAUCUGGCUCGUCGGAGAGUUCGCGGGAGCGGACGAGGACAACAACAUCGCUGCGGACGUCUUACGCAUACUGGUGAAGGGCUAUGCGGACGAAGACGACGAAGUACGAGCGCAGAUUGUCCUGUUGGCCGCCAAAGUUUACCUCCAUUAUCUCAACGCAAAAAACGCUAAGCAGAAAGCGAUUGGUGCACUGAAUGGCUCGGAGGAUAAGCACGUUGAAGGCAACGGCAGUCUGAUACCAUCCGCCGAGGAAGACAUUGAGGGCCUCCGAGAGAACACCUUUAGCAACACAACACCCAAUCAGCAGCGCGAAUCUGCGUCUAAGAAAGCCCAUCCCAUCGAACUGCUGUACCUACACACUCUACUCCUCGCGCGCUACACCCCUUCAUAUUCCAUUCGCGAUCGCGCCCGCUUAUUGCGCGGCUUACUCGCUGUUCCCAGCAGUACCGAACUGGCAUCUCUUCUCUUACUCGCACCCAAACCCGUCCCUCAAGCGCCGUCACCCAGCGAAAGCCGCCGUGGUUACGCGCUUGGCUCUGCGAGCCUUGUCAUUGGCUCCGAGUCUGGCGUCAGCGGACUGCGCGGAUAUGAGCCUAUACCCGAGUGGGUUAAGGAAGGCAGGGAGCCAGAUCCGAAGCUCAGAGAUGACAGUGGUGAGGCUAAGACGGAAUACGCGCCAAAUAAGGCUGUUUCAGCGGGACAGAGACUGGAUGAUGCGUUGAAGGCGGAGACGGUAACGAGGAAGGAGAAGACAUUGGAUGAUUGGCUUGAUGAGGAAGAAGGUGAGACUGAGGAGGACGGGGAAGAGUAUGAGGAGACGGAGGAAGAGGAAGAAAGCGACGAGGAGGAGGAGACAGAUGAUGAUAGUGACUAA